AAGAACGCCGUCGACGCAGCGCAGCGUGUGUCGAAAGCCGGGCCACGGCCAAUCCACAUUCUGUUUCGAAGGAAGGGCGGGUUUCCGGACAGUGUAAGGGGGAAAGCGACGAAGACGAAAAGGGAUCUGCCUGGGCCCUGGAUCAAGGAACUCGCCGCAAGAGGUUUGUUGCACAGCAGCGCACUCUCAUUACCCGCACGGAGCGCGAAGAAGGUGGAGUAUCAGGCCAAAGUAAAGGCGUUCGUGUCGCCGGGAACGAGUCCGCCGGUUGCAAAAGCUGCGUCAACGAGCAGUGGUCAACCGCCUGUAGUCGCAAAAGUAGCGUCCACGGCCCCAACUCCAGCAGCGCCGGUUGUCGUUCCACCUGGCACCGUCGUGGUGCCGUAUUGCGCGCAACUUCUGGCGACUAGCAAGGACCUAGUCGGCGCGGGGCUUUGCGGGUGGGCGCAGAGCAGCAUCGACGCCGUGACGUUGAAUCACCCGGGGUUGUCCGCGGACGACAAGAUUCGCGAGCUGUUUGGUAUGGUUUUGGACUGGGCCGCCUUUCCCAUUGUCCGCGUCUCGCAAGUGAUCGCCAAAGAGGCAAACGGCAAGGAUCCAACGAGAGCGGCGAAAAACAACGUCAGUGUCGGGGACCGGAUGGUGAUGUGCGGCACUUUGCAAGACCGCGUGACGCUGGUGCCGAGCUGGGAAGGGAUUUCGCCCAGCGAUGCGUUGAUCCAAAAGAUCCAGCGGAAAGCACAACGGAAAGACAAUCCCGUUGCGGGAUUCGCUUUUCUGCGGAAAAAGCACGAAACGAAGUAUCUGCAGCUAGUCAUGGAGGACCAGUCCGACUGGGGCUGGACCGUGCAGAACGGGAAAAUCGUCGAUGUUGCAGCCGGAGGGAUCGCUUCGAAAAAGGGACUGCAGAAAGACGACAGGAUCGUGAUUGCCCACGAUGCUUUGCGAGAGAAGGACAUGGCAGAAAUCGAUAGGCGCGUGGGGCCGUCGGGUGCUCGGCCGCUGCAUUUUCUGGUGCGGAGGGAAGCUGAUUUUCCAACCUCCGUGUGGCAGGCACAGGUUAACGUGACGAGACAAUUCCCAGCGAAAUGGAACGCGAUUGUCCGAACGAAGACCGCGCCACCUUCUCCGGGGGCGGCGAGCAAGGCGUCCGCAUCUGUGCCCGUUUCCAGUGUCGUUUCGAAGACGAGCGCAAAGUCCUCCGCGGGGGCACCGAGCGGUGUAAAGUCUGCACCAGCGGUAAGCCAAAGUGCAGCGUCGAAAUCCCCUGCACUGUCAGUAAAGUCUGCACAGUCAGCAGCAUCUUCUACAAAGGCAAGUGCGGCAGUGGCGGGGAAGGCGGCGACGUCGUCUGUGACCCCUGGUGGAGGACCAGCGAGCGUUGCCAAGACGGCGACACCAGCAGCAGCAAAGCCAGCAGCAGCAAAGCCAGCAGCAGCAAAGCCAGCGGCAGAACCUGCGCCCGCUCCCACUGCAACACCCGCACCAUUGGCCGCUCAGCCAUCCCCAGGCGCCCCGCCGCCACCGUACUGCGUGCAGGUGCUGGGGCAGAGCAGUGACCUGGUUGGAGCAGGUUUAGCAGGUUGGGCGCAGUCCAAUAUCGACGACAAAAUUUUGAACGAUCCGAACCUCGCCGCGCACGAGAAAAUCCCGAAGCUGUUCGGCAUGAAGCUCAAUUUCACGCAAUUUCCAAUGAUCAAAGUCACGGAGGUCAUCCCCCUGGUUCCCGACGGGUCCGGGCCGUCGCGCGCCGCGAAGAACGGCAUUGAAGUCGGAGACACGAUGAUCAUGGCCGGGACUUUGCAGGAUCGCGUCACACUGCUCCCGACCUGGGAAGGGAAGGGCCCGAAUGACGCGAUCGUUCAGAAGGUGCAGCGGAAGUUUGCGCGCAAGGAUAACCCAGUUGCCGGCUUUGCGUUCUUAAGGAAGAAGUACGAGAAGAGGUACGUGCAGUUGUUGAUGCCUGAUAACAAGGACUGGGGAAUAAACGUGGAAAACGGCAAGAUCAUCGGAAUCACCGCGGGGGGCAUCGCGGAUAAAGCGGGGCUGGCAGUAAACGAUCGCAUCGUCGUCGCGCAUGACGCGUUGCGGGAAAAAGACGGGACAGAGAUCGACAAGCGAGUGGCUCCGAGCGGGGCGCGACCUUUGCACAUUCUGGUAAGGCGAGAAACCGACUUUCCUGAUAGUGUCUUGACUAACGCAGUGAAUACGGCCCGGGUUUAUCCGACAAAUUGGGCAGUUCCAGUGACCGUGGCAGCUGCAGCUUCUCCAACUCCUUCAAGUGUUGCACUUGCGAAGCCGUCCGCUAGUCCCGCGAGCACAGCGAAGUCUGCGGUCGCCGCAACGACCUCAAAACCGGCCGCAAGUACGACCUCUAAAGCGGCGCCGUCGGCCACUCCGUCGAAGACAGCGGCGCCUGCUGCAAGUAAGGCAACAGCCUCCCCAGCCCCAUCGAAAUCCGCAGCUGCAGCGAAGCCCGCGAAUGGCACUGCCAAACCCGCCGCUGCGAAAAACGGCAAGGCCGCGACUCCUGCUGCAAAAACAGCGAGUACAACACCAGCGAAGACCCCAAGUGCAAGUCCUGCUAAGGCGACUGCAACCGCCGCAACGAAGGCGACCACGCCCGCAAAGACCGCACCAGCAACAGCGGCGGGUAGAACGUCUAGCGCGAAACCGAGCGCUUCAAAGUCCGCACCGAAAACAGCACCAGCGGCCACCACUAGUAAGGCUGCUCCAGCAGCAAAGACUGCGGCAGCGAAAGCUCCAGCUGCGCCGGCGAAAAUAUCUGCCGUGUCUGCACCGAAAACGGCGGCGACAAAGACCGCGUCACCCGCGAAUACGAAAGCUGCGGCCUCCCCCGCUUCUACCGUAGCGAAAGCGAAAACACCUGCUCAGCCCGCUGCCAAGACCAGUACUGUGGCCGCAGCUGGUGCUACACCAAAGACUCCAGCUGCACCUGCUGCGGCUCCAACCCCAACCCCAGCACCCAAACCAGCGACUGCCCCAGCCGCCGGGGAUCCGCCAUACUGUGCGCAACUUCUCGGCUUGAGCAAGGAUCUCGUCGGCGCCGGACUCUGCGGUUGGGCGCAAUCGAGCAUUGACGACAAGAUCUUGAAUGAUCCGAACCUGUCUCCGGAGGACAAGAUCCUAAAACUAUUCGGAAUGAAACUCGACUGGACAACUUACCCCAUCGUUCGCGUCGUCAAAGUCGAGCCCCAACUGCCUGAUAACAGCGGGCCAAGUCGCGCCGCGAAAAACAACGUGGUGGUCGGGGACUCCCUUGUCAUGGUCGGCACGCUGCAGGAACGGGUCACACUCCUUCCAACCUGGCCCGGGAAAGAUCCAAACGACGCGAUCAUUCAGAAAGUCCAGCGGAAAUUCGCCAGAAGUGACAACCCGGUGGCGUCGUUCGCGUUCUUGAGAGCGAAGUACGAGAAGUUUUACGUGCAGGUGGAGCUGAAGGACAAGGAGGUUGGGGUGAAGUCAGAAAGUGGGAAAGUCGUCUCCGUCGUGCCCGGUGGUGUGUUCGACAAAUUGGGCCUGCAAAAGGACGAUCGCAUCAUCGUCGCGCACGACGUUUUGCGGGAGAAAGACCCGUCCGAGAUCGACCGGCGACUGGCGCCGACAGGGGCACGACCGAUGCACAUCCUGGCGCGGCGGGAAAACCAGUUUCCGGACGCAGUGUUGAAGAACGCAGUGAACGUUUCUCGCGUUUUGAAAAUGGGCGGCGCUGCUCCUGCUGGUGCACCUGCUUUGGCACCCGCCGGCGCGCCAGCCCAGCAAACCCAGGUGGCGUACUGUGCACAGAUGUUAGGCGUCAGCAAGGAUUUGGUCGGUGCUGGGCUGUGUGGCUGGGCGCAGAGUUCGAUCGACGAUAAGGUUCUGAACGACGGAACGAAGUCUGCCGAGGAUAAGAUCCGUGAUCUGUUCGGUCUCGCGCUUGACUGGUCAAAAUACCCGGUGGUGAGUGUGACAGAAGUGAUUCCAAAAUUACCGGACAGCUCCGGGCCCAGUAGAGCCGCGAAAAACAAUGUUUGCGUUGGCGAUCUCUUAGUUGCCGUCGGUACUUUGCAGGAGCGGGUCACGCUGCUGCCGACCUGGGUCGGGGCGUAUCCGUCCGACGCGAUAAUCCAGAAAGUGCAGCGUAAAUUUACCCGGGGUGACAACCCGGUAGCGGCUUUCGCUUUUGUGCGGAAGAAAAAAUUGGCCCAGUACGUACAAUUACUGUGUCCAGCGGAUUUCGUAGCCGCGGUGGGGGGAAUGCAGGAGAACGGAGUCUUGACGGAGAAAGUAGCAGAGUCCGCUUGGGCGAAAGACACCGCUGGUUUGCGGGCUGGAGACAAGCUCUCGGUAAUCCACGACUUUCUGGUCGAAAAGAGGACCACUGCCGAAAUUCAGGCGCAAAUGGCAAAAGCUCCGGCGGGCGCGUCGAUCAGUAUUCUGUUCCGCCGCGAAACGGAGUUCCCCGCGGAGGUUUUGGCGAAGGGGAUCGACGUGACGCGUGCUACACCGCCGGGGUGGAAAGGGAAGGACGGAGUGGCGUAGAAGGUGGGCCUUCCUAGAAGCAAGAGGAAGCAAUGAUCCCUCGUCAGACACGGAUGUUUUUCAAAUUGAUAAAUUUUUUUUUGUAAGAUUGGACGAGAUGACUUGACAUUUUUAUUUGAUUUAUGCUUACUCUGAUUCACAUUCAGUUUCACUAUGACCAAGACGUCGUUCGACAUUGAUUUCGUAUCAGUUGACAUUGUUUUUGAUAAACCAAGUUGAAUUCGAAAUUGUACAAAGAAGAAGGACCUUGCCUCAGGCUGCUCAGAUGUUUGAGCGAUUCCGAUUUAUCAAUGCAUGAUACGUACACGCUACAUGCAAAACAAGAAUACAACGAAUUACAU